AUGGCGUCCGCUGAGAUCCACGACCUCUACGACUCGAUCCUCAUCCUUGAUUUUGGGUCGCAGUACUCGCACCUGAUCACGCGCCGCUGCCGUGAGCUGGGCGUGUACUGCGAGAUGCUCCCAUGCACGCAGAAGAUGGCCGACCUCACUUGGAAGCCUAAGGGUAUCAUCCUCUCGGGCUCGCCAUACAGCGUCUACGCGUCUGACGCGCCCCACGUCGACCCCGCCUUCUUUGAGGCUGGCGUGCCCACCCUCGGUAUCUGCUACGGUCUGCAGGAGACGGCGACCGUGUUUGGCGGCAAGGUCGAGCCCCACACGCACAAGGAGUACGGAUCGGCGUUCAUCACGGUCGAGAAGACGGGCAAGCCCCACGCCGACGCUCUCUUCGGGAGCAUCGACUUCGGCAAGGAGGGCCUGCAGGUUUGGAUGUCGCACGGCGACCAGCUCUCCGAGCUUCCCCCCAACUUUGUCACCCUCGCCCACACCCCCACUUCGCCUUGGACUGCGAUCGCGCACGAGAGCCGGCCGAUCUACGGCGUCCAGUUCCACCCCGAGGUCACCCACUCGCCCAAGGGCAAGGAGGUGAUUGGUGCCUUCGUCAACGACAUCUGCGGCAUCAAGGGCGGGUGGAGCAUGGAGACGUUCAUCCCCAAGGAGAUUAAGCGUAUCCGUGAGAUCUGCGGCGACAAGGGCCAGGUCAUUGGCGCUGUCUCGGGUGGUGUCGACUCGACUGUUGCUGCCAAGAUCAUGCACGAGGCGAUCGGGGACCGCUUCCACGCCAUCAUGGUUGACAACGGUGUGCUUCGCAUGGACGAGGCCAGCAAGGUCAAGAAGAUGCUGGUCGAGGACCUCGGCGUCAACCUCACUGUUGUCGACGCUUCGGACCGCUUCCUCGACCUCCUCAAGGGUGUCGAGGACCCCGAGCGGAAGCGCAAGAUUAUUGGCAACACGUUCAUCGAGGUGUUUGAGGAGGAGGCCGCCAAGAUCGAGAAGGAGUGCGCCGCCGACACUGCCCGCGGACCCAUCGAGUGGCUCCUCCAGGGCACGCUGUACCCGGACGUGAUUGAGAGCAUCUCGUUCAAGGGUCCCUCGGCGACGAUCAAGACCCACCACAACGUCGGCGGUCUGCUUGACGACAUGAAGCUCAAGCUCAUCGAGCCCCUUCGUGAGCUCUUCAAGGACGAGGUCCGCGCCCUCGGCCGUCUCCUUAACAUCCCUGCCCACCUCGUCGGCCGCCACCCCUUCCCCGGCCCGGGUCUCGCUAUUCGUAUCCUCGGCGAGGUUACGCGCGAUCAGGUCAAGAUCCUCCAGGCUGCCGACGAGAUCUACAUCGAGGAGAUCCGCAAGGCUGGCCUUUACGACGCCAUCUCGCAGGCGUUUGCCGCUCUCCUCCCCGUCCGCGCUGUCGGUGUCAUGGGCGACGCCCGUACCUACGACCAGGUCAUUGCCCUCCGUGCCGUCUCCACCGAGGACUUUAUGACUGCCGACUGGUUCGAGUUCCCCCCCUCGGUCCUCAAGAAGAUCUCGAGCCGCAUCACCAACGAGGUUCGCGGCGUAAACCGUGUCGUCUACGACAUUACUUCCAAGCCUCCCGGAACCGUCGAGUGGCUGUAA